UUGCUCUUAUGUCAUUAGUGAUCUACGGUUGUGAAGAAGGAACCAACGCUGUUAUGGCAGAUCAAGCGGAAAGGAAGAGUCAGAAAGAGGACCGGCCACGGGACAUCAAGGAUUGGAGUAAACAUCAAGUGAGAAACCAACCUGGAGGACCCUGCAAGCCCUAUCCAUUUUAUAGGUACCAUGAUCCGUAUAAAUACAUGGAGAGCAGCAUUCUUGAUAUUACAGAAUCAGGUUCUUUAGACUUCAUCGAACCCUGCCAUGAGUAUAAAGGUUUCACCAAUACAACAGAUGAAACUAAAAUGAGCAAGUUCACUGAUGAGGUUAUUCGCUUUGCAGCUGCCUGCAUGAAUAGCCGCACCAAUGGCACCAUACAUUUUGGUAUAGGGGACAAGCCAGAGUUCACCCAUGGUCAAGUGUUGGGAGUGGCUGUUGAGGACAAAGAGGCUUAUGCAAAUGAACUAAAAUCUGCCAUUGAUGUCUGUUUUCAGUAUAAACACAAACAGGCUGCUCAAAUGUGCAUCAAACCUCCUCGAUUUGUUGGUGUUCUCAAUAAGAAUAUAACAUCAUCUGACAAAUAUGUGAUUGAAGUAGACAUAGUUCCUGAGUUUGUGAUCUGUGGAGAAAAAUUCUAUCACACCUUCAACAUGGACACAAAAAAAGCCAAGAAAAAAGCAAAAGGUAAAGAAGCAGACAAAACUGAAACAAAACCCUCAAAACAAUUCUUUUUUCGAGAUGGCGGUAGCAGCAGGAAUCUCCUCGCAACAACCACAUUUGCCAAACCCAUGGAAGAGUACAACCGGUUUGUUGACAGUGUGCCACAAUUAUCACAACUCCGAAAACAAGCUGAAGAGAAGCACCUCAGUGUGAUAAAAAGCAGUAAUCAAGGCUCUAGAUUAAGUCAGAUGAUAACUGGUGGAUCCCUCUCUUUAGACAAGUCACACUUUGAGUGUUAUGUAAUAGUAACUAACAAGUCACAUUCAGUCCAGUUGGAAUCACUGGGAUUUCUUGUAAAACUCAACCUAACAGCUGUUUUGGACUUUGAUCCAGAAUCAGCUGAAUGUGGAUUGCAGAGGCACUUUGAACAGCAGAAUACAGUAAGUGUCCAUUUACCAGCACAGUAUAAAAUCACAGAGGGUGUUGAGGACAUUGCAAACAAGUUGAAAUUGACUCGAAACACCAGCUGGGUAUUCUGCAAUGGCGGUAUCAAGGAUGAGGCACCUUCAGAUAUAGAUGAGUGGUUGAUGGACAAGGGAGCCUCCAUUGGAGAUGUGAUUUCAUUCUUGUGCCGGAGAGAUGUGCUUCCAAACAAGAGAUUCCUUGUCAUUUUCUUACUUUUGUCGAAAGUUAGUGAGAAGAUGGACCCUCUUGUUGAGACUUUCAGUACAUUCUGGCAGGAACUCAGAGGCACAGAGCAAAUCCUUUGUAUCUGUGACAAUGAAAAAGCAUUUAUAUCCUGGAAGGACCUAAUUAAGGCUCGCUGUGGAAUUGACAUCUCUGAUAGAUGCAUAUAUGAGCUCAACUUUGCUGAAGUCAAUGGCACUGUCCUUAGUCUUUUGUCAGAAAACCGUAGAUCCAGCCGAUUCCUACCCUGUGGUGGGGGAAGCCAAGUGCUUCUGGAGAAGAAAGUGGAGCGUAGCCUGAGUACCUUAGAGAUCCUAUGCAUGAACCAAUGUGAAGGAGGAAAUGAGGACAAAAUUGCUAUUGAGGAGAACUUCUACAAAGGAGGAAAAGUGUCCUGGUGGAAUUUCUAUUUCUCAGAGCAGCCUGGAUCCACACCGUUCAUUAAACGAGACAAGUUUGAUUUCAUAAUGAAUGCAGUGAUACCAGAUUUGUGCUCUCUGAGUGAAGCCUGUGUGUUGUUCAACCUCAUGCAUGUACCUGGAUGUGGUGGGACAACUUUGGCCAUGCAUAUGUUAUGGGCUCUCCGGUCCAGAUACCGUUGUGCGGUCCUUAGAGACAGCAACGCAGACUUUGCUGAAGUAGCCGAGCAAGUGGUAAAACUUUUAAUGUGUUACCGUGAGGAGCAAUUACCACGGGUCCCUGUUCUACUGAUGAUAGAUGACUUUGAUGAUAUGAAAAAAAUGAAUGACUUGCAGCAACUCAUUGAAAAAGAAUGUGUGAGGAAAGACAUUCAGUCUAAGUCUGCACAGGUAAUUCUCCUCAACUGCAUGAGGUCAGAGUCCUCUGAACUGACUGAAUCAACUGUAAACACUGUGUUCAUUGGAAAUAAGCUGUCUGAAAUGGAGCAGAAACACUUUUUGAAUGCUGAAACGUUUUAUGGUUUCAUGGUCAAUAAAAUUAACUUAAAUCCGGAGUAUAUUCAGGGUGUGGUCCAGAACACCCUGAAGAGCUUUAACAAGAACGAGAAACAUGCACAACUCCUGGCUGUUUUAAUUUUAUUGAAUGUAUAUGGCAAUGGUGCCUCUCUCUCCAGCUCCAUUUGUCACAAAUUUCUUGGUCUACAACCUACACCAGUUUGUGGAACUGACAGAGUUGAAGAAAGAUUUGGGAAAUUUUCCACUUUAAUUGCCAGCAGAGAAGUUAAGGGUGAGGUAGUAUACAAGGCUGUGGAAAUUAUCAAUCCAAGUUUUGCGCAGUACUGUUUGCAGGAAAUUACAUCAACUCACAAGAUGACAAUAGUUGACAUAGUGAGGCUACUCUUGAUGACAGAUGAGUUUUAUGAGAACACAGAAGGCAAAGACAAACUCAUGCAAGAUGUUAUUAACAUUUUGGUGGAGAGACAUUCAGUGGUGGAUCAAUCUCAGUUCCAUUCUUCCAUCCAUCCAUACUCUAUAGCCCCUCAUUGUUUUUCUUUUCCCAAGAGACUGAAGUCUGUCCUACCAUUGGAACAACAGGCUAAUGUGGGAAAAAAAGAUCAGUUUUCUCUAAUAAUUCAACAUAUUCAAAGGGAUACUCCAGAGUUGGCAGAGGGGGUGCUAUUGAAUGCAUUAAAAGAUUUGAGGAUAAUUACAGCAUUGCCCAACUACAAUCUACAUACUAUCAGCUAAAGGAUUUAAAGCAGGCCAAAGCUAGGGAACAGAAAACAGAAAAUUCGUUAAUACAAAGGUUUUUACAUCUACAGCUAAUCUCAAAACUAAAGCUAGGUGUGAAGAAACAUUUCAGUUAACUGAAAUAGAGAUAAAAAAAUAAAAACUUCAGAAAAAAAAGUAACUAAAAUGAUAGUGUACUUACAAAACUAACUAAAAUAAAAGAUAAAGAAAAUGCCUUUAGGUUUAGUUUUUG